AUGCUAGACGACAACGACAUAAGGCAAACCCAUUUGCAACUGGGGUUGGGACCGCAACUUGUUUUGGACAGGACCACUGACAACCAGAGCAUACCCAGUAUUUUCUUCCAGCAUAAAAAGCUCUCGAACGUCGUCAACGGCUCAGGCAGCUCUCUCAG